AUGGGUUUCUUAGAAUUGUUGGAGGUGGCUUCGAUGCCAAUCGUCCAAGUUCUGCUUAUCAGCGUUCUUGGUGCCUUCUUGGCAACCGAUUACUGCUCUCUUCUCUCUGCAGACACCCGAAGAUCCGUGAACAAGCUCGUCUUCGUGGUCUUCACCCCCUGCAUCAUGUUUGCCAAUCUUGCCCAGACAGUUACACUGCAGGACAUUAUUUCAUGGUGGUUUAUGCCCAUAAAUGUUGGAAUCACCUUUCUAGUAGGAGGCAUUCUUGGUUGGCUGUUGGUCAAAGUGCUGAACCCUAAACCUCAACUUCAUGGUCUCAUAAUCGCGAUCUGUGCCUCAGGCAAUAUGGGAAACCUUAUGCUUAUCCUGGUUCCUGCCAUAUGUGACGAGGAAGGCAGUCCUUUUGGAAGUCGGAGUGCCUGCAGAACCAUUGGACUCUCCUAUGCGUCUUUCUCCAUGGCCCUUGGAGGUUUCUACAUCUGGACCUACAGUUAUCAACUGGUGAGAAGCUCUGCUACACAGUUCAAAGCUCUUGCAGCCGCCGGCUUGGUCAAGUCUCCAAACAAGGACAUGGACUCCGAUCCCCGCACUCUUCUCCUGAAGCCACCCCAAAACCAAGACCUUGAAAUCCAAGUCAAACAAAAGGGGUCCACUCGGACGUACAUCAAGGACUUGCUCCAUCAGAUUCUUGAGGAACUCUUCGCACCACCCACCAUUGGUGCCAUUCUUGGUUUCCUCUUCGGAGCAACCAAUUGGCUGAGGAAUCUCAUAAUCGGGGAGAAUGCCCCGUUGCGAGUCAUCCAAGAUUCAGUGAAACUACUAGGGGAGGGCACAAUUCCUUGCAUCACACUCAUACUGGGGGGCAACCUGAUUCAGGGCCUGCGUUCCUCAUCGGUGAAAACAUCAGUGAUUGUGGGAGUGAUCUGUGUGCGCUAUAUCAUCCUUCCCGUGGUUGGGGUCGGGGUGGUCCAUCUGGCAUGGAAUCUUGGCUAUCUUCCUCAGGACCCUCUCUACCGAUACGUUCUCAUGCUUCAGUUCACACUGCCGCCUGCCAUGAAUAUCAGCACAAUGGCACAGCUGUUCGACGUGGCUCAAGAUGAGUGCGCGGUCAUAUUCUUGUGGACCUACCUGGUUGCGUCCUUAGCCCUCACCGUGUGGUCAACCGUCUUCCUCUCUAUACUCUCCUGA